AUGUGGGCAUACAAAAUGCGUAUGUUCCUCACCGCAAAGGGUUUGUGGAGAAAAGCAAAGUUCUCCGGAGUUGAUGACGAGAGUGUGAGUGGUUUGGAAUCAGCAUUAUUUCGCACGUGGCAUGGACUGUCAGAGUUGGCGGUGUGGAAUCGACUUCAAUUUGGCAACGAUGCAGUUGAAGCAUUGACAAGCGGAAAAGUGGAGAUCGCUGAUAAAUACUUUACUCAAAAAAAUACAGAUGGCCAGUUUUUUGCUAUUUCUCGGCUAGAAAAUAAUUUUGGAGAAAUGGGAGUAACAGUGGCACUUGCAACUGCGAAGCUUGAGCCCGCCACUAAAGAAUUUGCGACAAUGAUGCAGCACAAACAAAUCAGAUGUUGGGUGCAAUAUGAGGCCUCCGUUGACCUUGUUUUUACUUCUCUACAUUUUAAAAUGGAUGGCGAUAUAAAUCUAAAUGUAAAACUGGAAGCUUUGAGCUCGUUCAUCAGUCUGAAGAAUCGUGCGCAACCCUAUGUGAAGGCAGGGGAUUUGUGGGGUCUCGCAUCUCUGGCUGUAAAAGCAAACGCAGGAGACGAUCCGGCACAAUUGUUACAACAUGCCGAUAAAAUAUUACACUUGGUUUUUGCAAAGUGGAAGUCCGAAAGUCUUCGCCCGAAAGAACUUUUCAACCAAUUUCACGGCAAAACAUUACCUGCUGAUUUAUUCGAUUCAGCAAUAGUGCUCCAAUACUCGGAUUUUUACAAGGAUUAUAAUAGCAUGGUCAUCCCGUCCUUCACUAAACCCAGGCGCUCUUAG